GGAAGAAAAAAAAAAAAAGAAUGAAAAAAAAAAAAAAAAAAAAAACCCCAAUGAGGGAGUAUGAAUAUAAUAUUGUUGAUGCCUCUGCCCCUCCCACAAUGGGGAGAUUUCCCUCCAGUAGUUGAUGUCUCUGCCCCUCCCACAAUGGGGAGAUUUCCCUCCAGUAGUUGGUGUCUCUGCCCCUCCCACAAUGGGGAGAUUUCCCUCCAGUAGUUGGUGUCUCUGCCCCUCCCACAAUGGGGAGAUCUCCCCGCAGUAGUUGGUGUCUCUGCCCCUCCCACAAUGGGGAGAUUUCCCUCCAGUAGUUGAUGCCUCUGCCCCUCCCACAAUGGGGAGAUUUCCCUCCAGUAGUUGAUGUC